UAUUUUUGGUUAAAGUAAUUUUGAAAUCCAUAUCCGUAGCUCAUGCAGUUGCAGUGUAGUGAAUUAAAUAAAUUUCGCUUUAAUGUACUCAGUUUAAGUCAAAUCCGUAAAAUAUAUACUAAACUUUGCUUAACUGUUACAUUGUUUUGGUUCAAAAAUAUCCACCAGAAGGAGGGUUUUCAUAUAUCGUAUAAGUGUUAUGUCGAAAAGACGGUUAAGUAUCGUCUAUGGCCAAGUAUGCUAACAGCCCAUUGCUCUCUGCAUUGACGGAGGGGCAGGAUUGCGCUUCAUUAAAUAUUUUUCAAAGUAAAGAAGAUACUAACCAAUAUUCGAUAGCCAGCUCCCCAUCUUCAAUCAAUUACUCUUUACCAAAAGCUAGUUCUCAUUGCAAGUCGCUACAUGUAAACAAACAUAAAAGUGACGGAACAGGUAACACACAUAAUUUGCGCAGUAAAUGUACAAAAACUUCAAGAAAAGGACUCAAACGGCAGAUAAACACUACUGGAACAAACACCAUCAUUAAAAAGCACAGAGUCAUCGUAUUGGACAAGAAUUUGAAAGAACAGUCAAAAUUCCCAAGUGAUUGUAUUGCUCAUAGAACAAGAUCAAAAACACUUUUCCUUCAGAAUCCUUCCAUAAUUUUAGGACGUAUUUCAUCGGAAAAAGACACCCCAAAAGUUCAGUUACAAUCAGCAAUUAGUACUGUCCGGAGUCAUUCAUCAUCUUCAAAAAACAAAAAAAACAUUCUACUGAAUUACUAUCGUGAAACUCGACACAUAAGUCACAACUGUCCAAAAAAAGGCCAUACAUGUCCUAACCCAUUAUCAACUCAAACAAUCAAUUCGACAUUAAAUUUAAAAAAAAAUACAAGCUAUUCCAUUAACCUUAAUUCUAAAAAUAAACUCAAUAACACCUUCAAUACCAAAUCUGAUCCAAGAAAAAUAAAGAAGUAUCGACAGCCUAGCAAGAGAAAUAAAUAUAACGCCACACCACUAGCACCUCAAAACGUACCUCUUAAAUAUACUGAAACUUUACAUAAUAGCCGGACAAGUCAAAAAACCAAAUCUUUGAUAAUCGAAAAUAACUUAAAACAAUCUGUACACAAUAUCAGAGUUUCUUCGGAUGGGAAAAAUUAUAAUUUAAUGGCCCAGGAAUUAUCAAACACACCUACUGGAGAAGAGCAUACCACCUCAGUGGGAUCUAGUGGAUCAGAUAAAAAUGCUGAAGGAUCAGCAAGUAUGACUGAAACAGCACCUCAUGACUCAGAAGGCGAUGAUAGUGAAGUUGGGCGUUUGCAAGCACUCUUAGAGUCCAGAGGGCUACCACCUCAUUUGUUCGGAGCGUUGGGACCUCGAAUGACUCAUAUUCUGCACAAAACAAUUGGGAACAGUAGUUCUUCUAAGGCUCAACAGCUUUUACAAGGUCUUCAGUCCAAUGAUGAAAGCCAACAACUACAAUCUGUUAUAGAAAUGUGCCAGAUGUUGGUUAUGGGAAAUGAGGAUACUUUAGCAGGUUUCCCAAUAAAACAAGUCGUUCCUUCUCUUGUAAAUUUACUGCGCAUGGACCAUAACUUCGAUAUAAUGAAUAAUGCAUGUCGAGCGCUCUCUUAUAUGUUAGAAGCUUUACCCCGGUCUUCUGGAACAGUAGUUGAAGCAGUUCCAAUAUUUUUGGAAAAAUUAAAGGUCAUUCAAUGUAUGGAUGUUGCUGAGCAAAGUCUAACGGCACUAGAAAUCCUAUCUCGACGACAUAAUAAAGUAAUACUUCAGGCAGGCGGAGUAGCGGCAUGUCUUAAAUUUUUGGAUUUUUUUUCAAUAAAUGCACAAAGAGCCGCUCUUUCUACUACGGCUAACUGCUGCCUUAACUUGCAUCCAGAGGAAUUUAACUUUAUAUCAGACAGUAUGCCACUUCUUGCACAACUAAUAUCACAACAAGACAAGAAAUGCGUCGAAAGUGUUUGUACUGCUUUUAGUCGUUUGGUUGAGAGUUUUCAACAUGAUUCGUCUGGAUUAGAAGAAAUUGCCAGUAAAGAACUACUUAAAAACUGCCAGGUUCUGCUUGUAAUGUCCCCUUCUAUUCUCAAUACGGGCACGUUCACUAGUGUAAUAAGAAUGCUGUGUUUGAUAUGUAGUAGAUGUCCCAAUUUAGCAAUCGUUUUACUAAAAAAUGAUAUUGCAUCAACAAUUCUUUACUUGCUAACAGGGUCAGCACAAUCAAUAACCUCAAGUGAAGUUGAAAUUAUUCCUCGUAGUCCGCCAGAACUUUUUGAGAUAACUUGCCUCAUAGGAGAACUCAUGCCUAGGUUACCUGCGGAUGAAAUUUUUGCUGUAGAUGCUUUGGUAGACCGCCCGUUUAUUAACACAAAAGACGAAGUGCAAUGGGAAUGGCGUGAUGAUCGUGGCACAUGGCAUUCAUAUUCCGUGAUUAAUUCACGCCUUAUAGAGUCCGCACACAUAAAUUCAGAUAAUGAGAUUAACUUAAGUACUCGUGGUCGGACGUAUACUGUUGAUUUUCAUUCGAUGCAGCAAAUUAACGAUGAAACAGGAACUACUCGUCCCAUUCAGCGAAAACUUAAUCACAACUACGUCGUGACAUCAACAUUUUCUUUCGAUGGCCAAGAUUUAUCAACAAAUAGUACAGCAAUUCCAAAGUUAGGUUUUGAUCAGUCCGUAAAAAGCAGUGAUAUGACUAUUGAAUUUACAAAACAUGAAAAUCAAAAGACAGCAAUUAAAACUCAAUAUGAAGAUUGUGGUUUAGUGUCGGCUUUUACAAAAAAACUAUUUAAUGUACUAUAUGAAGUUUACAGUUCAUCAGCAGGUCCUAAUGUACGCUAUAAAUGCCUGCGGGCAAUACUUAGAAUGGUUUAUUAUGCCAGCCCAGAUCUUCUUAAGAACAUACUUAAGAAACAAUUGGUUUCCAGCCAUAUUGCCGGGAUGAUGGCGUCUAACGACUUGCGCAUUGUAGUUGGUGGAUUACAGAUGUCUGAAAUUUUAAUGCGAAAAUUACCUGACAUUUUUGGAAUACAUUUUCGAAGAGAAGGUGUGCUUUACCAAAUAAAUCAAUUAGCAAACCCAAAUGGUGCUUUUGGCAAAAUCAACCCUUCUAUCAUGCAAAAUCCCAGUAGAGAAUUUGUCACGCAUUCCACAACUUCUAGGCCGCAAGUUAAUCUUUCUAUCAAUAGUUACAUUUCUGCAGCAAAUACAUCACAGCUUAAAAAUUCAUUAAACAGUCCGAAUCAACACAAAACAAAAGGUAUAAUAUUACCAUCCUCGUCUCCAACUGAAUUGAGUGCUGAUUUCUUUGAAGUUACUCUAGCAGGAAGCACACCUGGAUCGGAGGGUUACCAAAUUAAUAAUCCACACUACCGUAACUCGCCAGAGGAUGCUUUGGCGAGUUCUGUUCCAGUUACCGAAAAAUAUUUCGUCUAUUCUACUCCUGGGUCUUAUUCUUGUCAUUUUAAUGAUCAACUGCGGCUACAUAAAGAACAUGAACCACGCUCACAUUUCCAGUCAAAUCGCAAUACCAAUACAAUUUCAACACCAAGUCCCUUAAACACAUAUAACUCAUUUCUUGAAGAUGCUUCUAGUUCUACAGGAUUGUCUUCGUCAGAAAGUAUAAGCUUAGCAACACAAAGCAAGGUGUCUGAUAUCCUCAUAAGGAACGCACCACCAAAGAGAAAGGCACAACCAAGUUGUAAGUCUAAAUCCAGACAAGAUGAUUUUAUUGCCCAAGAUCUUCUUAAUCGGACCAGUGGAGGAGCCAGUAGCAGCUGUAACAGUCGGUUUACAUUAAGCGGGCACUCUGAAAGUAAUCGGUCGCGUUUUUGCGCAAACACAUCAAGUGGUAACAGUUCUAAGCAGUCUUUUUUGUCUUCUCUUAAUCCAGUUCGUUGGGGCCGCCAAGUAUCUAACAAUAGUUCUUUAAUUAAAGAUUCAUCUACUGAACGUUGUACUUCAAGCAAUUUGAAUACGAAUAUUUUAAAUAUAAAUCAGGUGGCAGCUGCUAAUCGCGAAAAAACUCGCAAGUGGAUAUGGGAGCAGGCAAUUUCAUUCGUUAAACGCUAUACGGAGCAAGAAAUAUCGAAGUCUAUUAUAUCGGGUUCCAUAAUAUUAUGUCGUUUAUCUGGUGUUAUAACAAAUUUAGAAGGAAGUUACAGUCAGUGCCUUGAAGCACUUCGAGAACUUAAAACUAUACUAAUGGAAAAUGACAUUUCUCCAUUUGAAGUAAACCACUCGGGAUUAAUUAAAUCCAUGUUGCGCUUUAUGGCCUCAGAAAAUGGUUUAGUUAGCCGUAAUAAGAGACUUCGUGCAUUUUUGCACGAAUUUACGGGACUUCCGCUGGAUAGCUCUAUCAGUUCUAAUGUUGUGGCAAACUUAGACCCCUCGGCAUUCAGCGCAUUUGUUGCAAAACUCCACGGCUGCGUAACACAGUUAGAACAGUUUCCAGUUAAAGUUCAUGAUCUUUCCAUGGGAAUUGGUGGGCAUUCAAACAUAAGUGCUCUAAAAUUUUUCAAUACACAUCAACUUAAAUGUAAUUUGCAACGGCAUCCAGACUGUAAAAAUCUACGUGAGUGGAAAGGAGGCACUGUUAAAAUUGACCCGUUAGCCUUGGUACAAGCAAUUGAGCGGUACUUGCUAUCAAGAGGAUAUGGUGGCAUACGAGAAGAGUCCGAUGAUGAUUCGGAAGAAGAAUUGGAUGACAAUGAAACAGGGGGUUUAAUGUCAAAUAGCACAUUCAAACAUAAAUUACAAAUUUUGAUUGGAGAUAAUGUUUUGCCCUACGCUAUGACGGUAUACCAAGCUAUAAAACAGUACUCAACUCUUAUUAACGAUCAAUCAGAAGCAGACGCAGAACAUGAAAUAUAUUUAGAAAAUGACAACAUAUGGGCCCAUCAACAUAAACUUUUCUACCGACUUCUGGAAGAGCACCAUCCAAUUAACCCAUUGUGCAGCAAUAGUUUGGGUAAAGCUUUAAGCACCACUAAAUCAGCAAUAACUCCCUUGUCAAAAAAAAACGGUACUAAAAAUUCAUCGAAAUUAAUUAAAAAAAGGAAUGAGUUAUGGUAUGAAGGUGUUGUUCCCGAAAUUGUUUCCCCGUUAAAACUGUGCUUAGUAAAGGAGUUUCCUAACGAAAUAGUAAGUGUGGACGAUGCUUCAAUCGAUGCACUUUGCAUGUUGCGAAUUAUUCAUGCCUUGAAUCGUGAUUGGGAAUGUCUUUAUGAUUGUGUUCUAAGGCACAACAUUAUAAGCCAAGCCAAUUUCAUACAUACAAAACUAACAGCUAAAGCUAAUCGCCAACUUCAAGAUCCUCUUGUGAUAAUGACUGGAAAUUUGCCACAAUGGCUUCAGCAAAUACCUAUGGCAUGUCCAUUUCUUUUUCCGUUUGAAACUAGACAUCUAUUAUUUUAUGCAGUUUCAUUUGAUCGGGAUAGAGCCCUGCAGCGCCUUUUAGACACGACUCCUGAUUUAAAUUCUAUAGAAACUUCAGACCGCGUUGGCCCACGAUUAGAUCGACGUAAGCGCACAAUAGCUCGUGAAGAAAUUUUAAAACAAGCUGAACACAUCUUUCAAGAUUUUGGCCACUCAAAAGCCUUGUUGGAGAUUCAAUAUGAAAAUGAAGUUGGUACUGGAUUGGGUCCUACACUUGAAUUUUAUGCCCUUGUGUCAUCCGAACUGCAACGCGUUGAAUUGGGUCUAUGGAAUGUUGAUAGUUGCUAUAGUAUUGCUGCUUCUCCAUUUGUAGAAGUUGUUAAACCAAGAUCUUCACAUAGGAAAAUUCAUAAACAAAAUAAAGGAUCUCUUCAGCAAGACGUCAAAUUGAAGAAAAAAACACGACUCGAAGACACUCCCCCUAGUGUUUCAUCAAGUAGGUUUGAUGGCAAAAAUAAAACUGCGAAUACAAAUGAUUCAAUAAUUUUGAAUGUUGUAGAAUUAGGGCAUCAACAGAUCCUAGAACAAGAAAGUUUCCAUAGAACUGAGAUAGAUAGUGUUCAACACGUGUUUAAAAAUAAUAACUUAACAUCUGUAGUGGACUCGUCGCCUUCCUAUGUACACUCAAUUCACGGUUUAUUUCCAUUGCCUAUGGGAAAAUCAUCUAAACUUACAUAUGUAUCAAAGGUCAAAUCAAAGUUCAAAUUUUUAGGUAAAUUAAUGGCCAAAGCAGUAAUGGAUAGCAGAAUGCUUGAUUUGCCAUUUUCAACACCAUUUUAUCGGUGGCUCUUAAAUGAAGAACAUUCGAUUGGUCUCGUAGAUUUAGAACAUGUCGCACCUGAAGUUCAGAAAACGUUGGUACGAUUAAAACAUAUUGUACAAAAUCGUGAAUGGAUUAAACAAGAUACAAAUUUAGAUUCCUUGCAAAAAAAAGAAAAGAUCGAACUGUUGAGUCUAGACGGGUGCGUUAUAUCGGACUUAGGACUCGAUUUUGUAUUGCCUGGUCAUCCCAACAUCGAAUUGAGACGCGGAGGAAGAGAUAUACCUGUAACAAUUCAUAAUUUACAUCAAUAUAUCUCUCUAGUCUCCCACUGGUUUCUUUUUGAAGGCGUUCAAAAACAAUUCGACGCUUUUCGGGAAGGAUUUGAUAUGGUCUUUCCUAGUCAUCGUUUAAAAAUAUUUUAUCCUGAAGAACUGGAAAAUGUAUUUUGCGGAUCAGGCAAAGCAAAGCUAUGGGACGUUAAAAUGUUGCAGGAAUGUUGUCGAACUGACCAUGGUUUUACUCAAGACUCUCAAGCAAUUAAAUUUUUGUUUGAGAUAUUAGCAUCUUACAGCGAAGAUGAACAGCGAAUGUUCUUGCAAUUUGUUACUGGAAGUCCAAGGUUGCCGACUGGUGGAUUUAAAUCACUAACCCCACCGCUUACAAUUGUUCGAAAAACCCUGGAUCCUGGUCAAAAUCCAAAUGAUUAUCUUCCUUCUGUGAUGACUUGUGUUAACUAUCUUAAAUUACCUGAAUAUUCGAAUAGCGAGGUUAUGAGGACUAAGCUAAAAGUUGCAUCUACUGAGGGAAGGAUGUCUUUUCAUUUGUCUUAAAUAAAAACAAUCCAAACGCCAAAACACAAACUAUUAAAGAAUUAAAAUUUGAAAUUAUGCUUGUGAAAAUAUAUAUACUUCAUAACAUACACCAUUAAUUAAAAAAGUGCGUUUCCUUUUGACUAAAAUAUUUUUAUUUGAAUAAAUUAGAAGCUAGAACUUCUGUUAUUCAAAAAUAAAUGUAAAUCAGACAA